AUGCUGACCCACGUGUAUGGGCACGUGACACAAGCCAUCCAAAUGAAGCAGUCUACAAAACGGGAUGUCUACGGAUGCCUCAUCCAAAACGCACUCAUCACGUGGAUACAAAACAGAUCCGCGCACAGUUACGCAACAAACGCACUUUGUAAACGGGACAAAGCGGCCGAAUUAAUAAAGGCUAAUACAGAUGGCAGUGGAGGAGAGAACGGGCGGGCCACGUUGCCGGCUCUGGCGGGAGUACGCGGCAACGCCGCCGGCCGUCUCAGCGACAGCUCUACCCAGGACCUCGGCCGCCAAUAA